UAUAUGUGUGUGUGUGUGUGUGUGCGUGUGUGCAUGGCUUAUAUAUAUUUUUUUUUCUUUGCUGUGGCAGAAGAAAUGAAAUUCAACAAGAUAGACUUUUUGAUGAGAAGUUUUUGUUCAAUCAACUCUUCACAUGUUGCCAGUAGAUCAUGUCAAGCAUAGAGUUUGAUGAUCUAGAGGAAAAAGAAUCCAUUAGAAGUUAUUCAGAUAUUUUAAAGGAGAAGCAAAAUGUGGAAUUUGAAACUGCAACUUCAAUAGAACAAGCUAAAGUUGAAAAAAAUGUACUCGAAUUGUACAGAAUUCAGAGAGAGCCUAUCUUAAAUAAAUACAGGCACAUUCAUUUUUUGAAAAAUUCAUUAUCACAUCUUUCAAAAGACUAUGAGUGUUUAGAUUCUAGCAGACCAUGGUUGUGCUAUUGGAUUCUACACUCGCUACAUAUAUUAGGCGCAACAUUAGAUGAUGAGGACUAUGCAAAAGUUGUUAUUUUCUUAGCAAAAUGUCAGGAUCCAGAAGGAGGAUUUGGAGGUGGCCCUGGACAAUAUCCUCAUCUAGCUUCUACUUAUGCAGCGGUUAAUGCACUUUGUAUUAUUGGUACAAAAGAAGCCUACAGCGUAAUCAAUAGACAUGGACUCAGAAAAUUUCUGAAAAUCUUGCGUAAUUCUGAUGGAAGUUUCUGUAUGCAUGUAGACGGUGAAAUUGAUAUCAGAGGAGUUUACUGCGCUUUGGUUGUUGCGAAGCUUACAAACAUAUAUACACCUGACAUAUUUAAGGAUACAGAAAAAUGGAUAGGUAAAUGUCAAACUUGGGAAGGAGGAUUUAGUGGUUGUCCUGGAUUGGAAGCUCAUGGAGGCUAUGCUUACUGUGGAUUAGCUUCUCUUAUUUUAUUGGGAAAAACGGAUGCUUUCAAUUUAUCUUCUUUUAUGCGUUGGAUAGUUAAUAGACAAAUGCGUCUAGAAGGAGGCUUCCAAGGCCGUACUAACAAAUUGGUGGACGGAUGUUAUUCAUUCUGGCAGGGAGGUGCAUUUCCUUUGAUAAACACACUUUUGGCCAAAGAAAAGAAUAUUAUCCUAGAUCACUGGCUAUUCGAUCAAGCAGCUUUACAAGAAUAUUUAUUACUCUGCUGCCAACAUCCAUAUGGAGGAUUACGGGAUAAACCAGAGAAGGAUCGUGAUAAGUAUCACACUUGCUAUGGUCUAAGUGGACUUUCAGUGGCUCAAAAUUCUCCAGAACGUGUAAUAAUAGGAUCUCACCAAAUUAAUGCUGUCAAGAUGAUACAUCCUGUGUACAAUUUAGUCUAUUCAACAGCUAUUGACUCUGUAAAAUAUUUUGCAUCUUUGUCCAUACCUGAAUGCUAAAUUAUACAAUCCAAGAUUUGUAUACAUUACAUUUUUCCUAUAAUAACGUGAUAAUGGACGAAAUUCAUUUUUUUAAUAGUUUGAAUGACCAAGUACUACCUUCAAUCAUUAAAAUUAAAAAAAAAAAUCAAAUACCUACCAUUAUUGCCAUAACAAAUUUGAUAUUUCUAUAAUAUGUACUGUACAUUUUCAUUAAAUUUAAAAUGUUAAGCAGAGUAUAUGGUUUAAACGACAAAUAAAUAUUGUUAAGAUAUUUUUAAAA